AUGGAGGAUCCCCCUUCAACUGAGGCUCUGACGCUAGAGGAGACUUCAUACCUGUUUCACCACUUGUUCCUUCCGCCAAAACUUCCCCAGGCAGAAGAUUACAAUGCAGGUCAUGAACACCUCCUGCUCAACAUCGUCAUCGAUGCACUUCGCAGCUUCAGGAAAUACGUUCCAAAUACCACUGUCCUUCAUCAGGUGACUGAGACUAUUGCUCGCUUGAGAAUAACGCAUGGCCCACAAGGCGAUGUUGAUGAAACGCAACUCACGAAGAGUCUAACUGAGCUACCGGUUCAUGGUAAGCAUUUGAAUACACAAAUCGUUGAGGUCAUUUCUAAGCAGGCAGUAGGUGGGUUCCUCCCCAUUCACGUGCGACAGCAAAACGCGGGCAUCCUCUUGAGCUGGCAGGACGAUGCGAUACACAUAGAGUCUUUUGAACUGUCAGCUCGCAACGAGUCAGUUAUGGUAACAGUGGGCCGACUGCGCCGUGUUUUUCCAGGCUCUACCAUGCUGAUGGAUAAGGCUACUUUCGACGAACCCGGAUUCCAAGAACUCAUGGCCCAAACAAUUGCACGGAUGAGUCACCAGCGCGUUGCGGGAACCAAACCGAAAGUCAAGAAAGCGAAGCAGGAGCAUGACGAAGACAGAGAUACUACACAUCCCAAAAUGGUGACGGAGUUCCUCAUGUCGACCCUCCGUCCUCGAUGUACCGACGUCACGGCUGCACAAAUCCAAAAGAAUACUCGCGAGGAAGUGAUGUGGCUUGACUGCCAAUCUCCGUGGCGCCGAUCCGCAUUGUGGCUCUUGGUGCGCGUAGUCCUUCAACUAGUGUUCCACAGACUAGCUAGAAAAGAAAGCUCAGGUGAUCUGUACAAACAGUUCAUGGUCUUCUUUAUGACGUCCAUCGUUGACAGGGCGUCAAGUGCAAUGCAGUCAGAGAGCCUUUUUCUCAUGAAUGCAAAGAUUCUUCGCCGACUGCUAAAACUUGGCUUGACAAAUGAGCCCGGAGCGUCCUCUCCCAGAUCUUCAGACGCUGAUUAA